AUGGCCCGAUUGCAACUUCGAGCCGGAAAGUCUCCCGCUCAGUCUCCGGCGGAGCGCGACAAUCAAACACUGCCGCAACGACGAACUCCGACGAAAAGUACCAGUAGCAGUGGUGGCGGUAUGUCGAGUUUUUUCUCUCGGCAAUCUGUCAUGAUGCUGGCAGUGGGUCUGUUGACGGGCUAUGUGAUUCUCCCCAUUUUCUUGAUUGAAACCAAGAUCCGAGGCGACUAUGUCUAUGGCCGCUUGCCCCAAAUAACCACUUCCGAUGAAGUCAUUAACCGCUCCCGCAUGCUUCCCGAAAACGAUCGCAGUGCAGCGUUGGAACGACUCAUGGAAGACCGCGAUGUCAUGGCACACCAAUCGCUGCCCACUUCCACCACACCCCAAAUUAUGCGUACCAAGACACUGCCCGAUCAUCAUCGCAAGAAGAUUCUUGUCACGGGGGGAGCUGGAUUUGUGGGCAGUCAUUUGGUGGACAAACUCAUGCAACAAGGACACGAAGUCAUUGUGGUCGAUAACUUUUUCACGGGGCAAAAGAAAAAUAUUGCUCAUUGGUUGCAUCAUCCAAACUUUAGUCUUGUGGUCCACGAUGUCACGGAAGAAAUCAUGCUGGAAGUCGAUCAAAUCUAUCACUUGGCAUGUCCCGCCAGUCCUCCUCAUUACCAGUACAACCCCGUCAAAACCAUCAAGACAUCCACCAUGGGAACACUCAAUAUGCUCGGACUGGCCAAGCGUGUCAAGGCCCGCAUCCUGUUAACAUCCACAUCGGAAAUCUACGGAGAUCCCCAAGAACAUCCUCAAAAAGAAUCCUACUGGGGCAAUGUCAACACGGUCGGACCUCGUUCUUGCUAUGACGAAGGCAAACGCGUCGCCGAAACCAUGAUGUACUCGUACAAAAACCAAAAUCACGUCGAAGUCCGUGUGGCUCGUAUUUUCAAUACGUUUGGACCUCGAAUGCAUCCCAAUGAUGGUCGUGUGGUGAGUAACUUUAUCAUUCAAGCCCUGCAAAACAAAGACAUGACAAUUUAUGGAGCUGGAGAACAAACACGAUCCUUCCAGUACGUCUCCGAUUUGGUCGAAGGAUUGCACGCCCUCAUGAAUGGCAAAUACGACAUGCCCGUCAAUCUCGGCAAUCCCGAUGAGUAUUCCGUCAAGGAUUUUGCCGAGUACGUGCACAAAAUGACCGAGAGUCAGUCCAAAAUCGAGUUUUUACCCAAGUCACAGGACGAUCCCAGUCAACGACGACCCGAUAUUACCACUGCCAAGGAAAAGAUUGGAUGGGAACCACAGGUGACGGUGGAGAAUGGAUUGAAAAAGACGAUUGAAUACUUUCAGAGUGUGUUGGAUGAAGCGGGAGAGAUUAUCCCGACGGGACCCGGUGCCGCCAAGCCAGAAGCCUAA